AUGGCGGAGCUUGUUGCUGCCGAUUACCUUGUCGUUGGUGCGGGGGCAAUGGGGAUGGCUUUCGUUGACACCCUCCUCGCCGAGAGCAGGAAAACGAUCAUCAUGAUCGACCGCUAUGCCCGCCCGGGCGGCCACUGGACGACUGCCUACCCUUUUGUCCGCCUGCAUCAGCCAGCUGCUAUGUAUGGCGUGAACUCCACGCGUCUCGAACGCGACGGCAUUGAGGAGUUUGGCUGGAACAAGGGCCUCGCCGACUGCUCAUCUCGCGACGACGUCUGUGCUUACUUCGAGAGGGUCAUGAAGAAGACAUUCUUGCCUUCAGGUCGACUCCAAUACUUUCCUAAGUGCGACUACAUCCAGGAGGGCAAAUUCCGCUCCAUUCUGACAGGGAAAACGUACCGCGUUGCCAAGGACACGUGCAUUGUGGACGCGACCUAUAGCCAAACUGUUGUUCCAUCAAUGCGACCUCCUCCCUACGAUGUGGCCAGCGGGGUGGACAUUGUCACGCCCAACGAGCUUCCUGAAGUCUCCCGUGGUUACGAAGGCUAUACUGUUGUUGGAGGUGGAAAGACAAGCAUGGACGCUUGCCUGUGGCUGCUUGAGAAUGGCAUCAACGCCUCUCAAAUAACGUGGAUCAGACCCCGCGAUUCAUAUCUCCUGGACCGUUCCACAUUUCAGCCCGGACCUCAGCUUGCCGAACGGGCCAAAGCUUCUACCCAAGCCACAUUCGAGUCACUUAUGGCCGCCUCGUCGGUGGGAGAUUUUUUGAAACGCCAAGCGGCCAAACAACUCCUGCUUCAGCUUGACGAAAAGGUCACGCCUACCAUGUUUCAUUGUGCCACAGUAUCACAGCUUGAGUUUGAAGCACUCAAGGAGAUCAAAUCGGUGGUCCGUAAAGGCCAUGUUACCUGUGUCACCAGGGAAAGCGUUGCACUGGAGCACGGUAGCUACAAACCUAUACCUGACACGCUCUACAUUGACUGCUCAGCUGGAGCGAUUCCUAAAGUCGCCCCCGUGACCGUGUUCCGAAGCCACAACAUCACGCUUCAGCCAGUCCGAUACUGCCAGCAGACGUUCAGCGCAGCAUUGAUUGCUCACGUCGAGGCAACCUACGAAGACGCACAGCUCAAGAACGAGCUCUGUGGGCCGGUCCCCAUGCCCAACGAGCCCAUUGAUUAUCCUCUCAUCACGCUCCAGACCAAUCUGAACACCAUAGCCUGGCUCAAACAGCCACAAACGGUUGCCUGGUUGAGAGAUUGCCGCCUCAAUAUUAUCAGGAGCACUGUUCCGGACGAUCCCGAGCAGAGAAUCGCCUAUAGCAAACAAACAAUAACGAUUCUUGAAGCGGCAAACAAGAAAAUUCAACAACUCCUUGACGGCCUUCCUGAGAUAGAUGCGGCGAAGAUGCGCACGCAGCUCAAAGACUUUCACCUCACGCCUGCACGUCUGUAG